AUGGCGCAUGACCAUGGUGAACAACCGCCAAACGACCUGGUCAGAGAUUUAAUGCGCGAAGCAAAUAGGCGUCACGUUACUGUGAUAAUUGGCGCUGAUGCAAAUGCUCAUCACUGGGGCAGUUCAGACACCAACAGUAGAGCAAUUUAUGGUUACCUAGUAGAGGAAUUACACUCCCAAUUAUUAACAAAUCUAAAAAUACCCAUUGAUACAUCACAUUUCUUUUGGUUGGUUACAUAUUUCUUGAAAUUUGCCGCUCAACUGGAAUUGGAUAUGGAGCAUAUUAAUACCAUACUAACCUUUGAUGUCAUCAGUUAUUUAACCUAUGAAGGUGUCAUGUUGUGCGAACAAUUGGAAUUGAAUUCACGUCAAGAGGGCAGUGAUUUAAAACCAUAUUUACGUCGCAUGCAUUUACUCGUCACUGCAAUACGUGAAUUUUUGCAAGCAAUAGAAACCUAUAAGAAAGUAACACAUCUAAGCGAUGAAGAUCGUGAACGCUUACGUUUAUUGCAAUUGCAAAUAAGCAGUACCGAAGAUUUGCGUAAUUUAUUCGUGCUGCUGUUGCGUCGUUUCAAUCCCAGCCUGCAUACGAAACAAUAUUUACAGGAUUUAGUUGUUACAAAUCAUAUAUUGCUAUUGAUUUUGGAUAGUGUUACUAAAUCGAAUAGUAAUAUACAUAUUAAGAUGAUUGAUCAUAUAUCACAGUAA